AUGGCUACUCGUACACCACUUCAUGCCGGCGGUUGCCAAUGUGGUUCAAUUCGUUACUCUGUAUUUACAGAUCCUUCCCGUUCUGUUUGUAUCUGUCACUGUCGUAUGUGUCAGAAAGCGCUCGGCUCACCGUUUGGCGUUUUUGUCGGUUUUAACUUAACAGACUUUCAAUGGACACGAGGCUCUGUUGCUUCAUUUGAAAGUUCAUCGAUUGCCGUUCGUCUUUUCUGUGCUCGAUGUGGUACUCCUCUAGCAGCUCAACCCAAACAGGAAUCGAUGAUUUAUAUAUGUCUAGGUAGUUUUGAUCAACCACAACAAUUUGGUAAACCACAGAGACAGAUGGGAGUGGAAAGUUGUCUUGGAGAGUGGACUCUAUUACAUAAUGUCGAAGAAGAAACAACUGAUCAAGUAAUAAAAGAGACCGUAAUUAAUUAUCAGCAUCCAGAUAAUGAGACAGAUGAAGUGCAAUGGCAAUGUAUAUCAAAGAACAGCUCAACAGAGAGACAAUUGGAGUAA